CUUUUUAUCCUCCUAACCGGGCGGCUUUUUGGAUAUCUUGGGCUGCGGCGGUGACGGCAGCGGUGGAAAAAACUUCACAUGUAGACUAGAAUAGAAGUUAGGACUCAAAUAGCUCCUAUCAAACUGCGACAAUCCCAAUAAAUGUAUCCAAUUCCCGCAAUUUGCACUAAAACCCUACAGAAAGCCGACAUUCUUCCUUUAGUCUCCUCUCUCCUUGACUAAAUAUGGAGUCCAAAUGCAUUUUGGAAAAGUCGUCGGUCGGGACAAGCGUCGGUGGAGUCGUGGACUUCAACUACCGGCCGGGUCGCUACAACAGCCGGGUCCCAGCGGUGGCAAAAAGCAGCUUCACACCGGGGCCCAUCUUUUACAAAUGCGUAACGGACGGAGGCUCGACGGCGGCGGUUAAAAACGAGCGAACUUCGUCCGUCGGUAGCGGGCACUCACCGGGCGUUGGAAUAUUACAAAACGUGGAAAAAACAGUCAUCAGAGACCAAAAAGACAUUGGUUCCACUGGGAUCCUGAAGAGGGCCAGUCCUACCCUCUGCCUUGGCAUGGGCAGGCAGUUGCCAGGCAGCUCCAUAAGUUUGGACAUCAGAAACCCAGGAAAACAGGCAGAGCUGGCCAACAGCUUCAGGCCAGCACAGGGGCAAAAUGUCCCACAGGCAGAGAUACAACCCCUUCCCUCCUCCCACAUCCCAGUCCCCAGAAACAGGAAUCCUUCAGGUCAUGCCGAUAAGGAGGUGAUGGCUGCCACCGUCUUGACCUCACUGUCCACAUCCCCCUUGGUGCUCUAUCCUUCCUCUGUGCCCACAGAGCCAGCCAGCAAAACAUGGAAAGAGGUGCUUUCUACGAGUUACAGCAGCUCAACGAGCGGCAACUGGAGCUGGGAUGCCAGUGACCAAUCAGUGCCCUCCACACCGUCCCCACCACUUUCCAAAGAUGCCAACACGGGCUUCCUGCACUCGGCCCAGGGAGAUGAUGCCAGUGAGGAUGUUUCGGAGAGCACACAUUUUAUGUUUGAGGACCCCAUCCCUCGAAAGCGAAAGAACUCCAUGAAGGUGAUGUUUAAGUGCUUGUGGAAGAACUGUGAAAAGGUCCUCAGCACCUCCUCAGGGAUCCAGCGACAUAUCCGCACCGUCCACCUGGGGCGAAACAGCGACUCAGAUUACAGCGAUGGAGAGGAGGAUUUUUAUUACUCAGAGAUUGAAGUCAACAUGGACAGCCUGACGGAGGGUUUGUCCAGCCUCACACCUACCUCCCCCACCACGGCUGGCCCUCCGCCCAUCUUCCCCCCGCCGCUGAGCGACGUGUCCCGCUCUGAGUACGUCGGCGUGAACGGUUCACAGAGCCACACCUCGUCGCUGCUCAGUCAGUCGGCUCCCUCCACACUCUGCCACAUCCGCACUGACCAUGCCUACCAGGCCACCGCUCCAGUGAGUAUCCCAGUGGGUCCUGAGCUGGCUGGGAUAGGCAGUGGUAAUGGGAUCGGGCCUGGAACUGGAACAGGGACUGGGAAUGGCAUCAGUGUGUCUUGGCAGCAGCCCCCUCCUGUCAUUUUUAAAGGCGCCCUGGGCCCUGUGACACAUGUUCGCACUGUUUGCAUUGGUGAAAAGCGGCAGCCGGCGAUCGGCACGCACGCCGCCGUUAACAAGAACCAUUCUUUAGUAACGCCAGCAACUAAAUCAGCAGCAGGAACCAGGAAACCCCGUGGCGAAGCUAAGAAGUGCCGAAAGGUAUACGGCAUGGAGAAGAGAGACAUGUGGUGCACAGCCUGUCGAUGGAAAAAAGCCUGUCAGAGAUUCACCGACUAAUCCAGUUGCCUUCCCCUGCUUGUGGGAGACGAGCUCCUCCUCGCUCGGAGUGACAGCGAGGUUGACAUUUUUUUCCACGAAGAGAUGAGGGCAAGGUUCUCAAUGCUGCUUCCUCUGGGCUAGCAGGGGUAAAGGGUUGCCUUAUCUCUUUUCAGUUUCCAAACACAAUGAGAAUAUCAAAACAAAACACAAAGAGAAAAAAAUAACUUUAUCCAGAUCCGGAGACUUUUUAAGACUGAGACAUUUUCACUUACAGCAAAAUAAGGAAAACAAAACAAAUUGGAUGCUGAUCAGAUUCUUUUAUUUCCCACUUGCUUCAAAUCAAAGCAAUUUUGAAGAGUACAGAUAAGCUUUUUGUUAUACCCUGUUGUUCAUUGUCAGAGCACUAUGUAAGCUACUUUUUGUUUGGUGGGUCGUGGCUCUUUUCCGAGGUUAAACGGUUAAAAUCACAUGUGCUCAGUGAAAUCACUGUUGCAGAUCAGUUUCUCAUGGCCACCUUUUAGGGGCCUUCAUCAAAUCUGCCAAAUUCUCAACUUACAGUCAUAGGUUUUAGAUUAAGAUGUAACAACACUGUGUUCUGCCUUUUUACUGGAAAUAUAGACUGCAAAUCUGAAUACAUGUAAUUUUAGGAUCAAACAUCUUUGUUACUCUAAUUAAAAACAACUUUUUUAAGUUCUGCAAAACUGCACUAAAUCAUUCACAAGUGGUACAAAAAGUUCUCAUUUAAUGUCCCAAAAUAUUUUAGAAAAAUGCACAGUUUAUAAAGUAUAUAUAUAUAUAUAUAUAUGCCCAUAUCUUAUGCACCCUUCAGAGAUAAGUUGUCUUCUAAAGUAGCACUGUAACCCGAGUUUGCCUGAGAGAGUUGAUAUCUAUUUCCUGUAUAGUUUAUUUUCAGCAGUAAGGUGCUGAAUCAACUUGCAAUUGCAUUGUGCAAUCAGAGGAACGACAGCAUUUAAUAAUUUUUUUUUCUCUAUGGUUAUCAGUCACAAUUGAAGCAAAAAGGCUAUUUUUUAACAGCUGAUGUUCUUAAAGAUAUUGUUUACCAUGCUAUGUGAAUUGUAGCCACCAUUUAACAUUUUGAACUUGAUAGUUUGACUGAUGAUGAUAAUUGUGGAUGCAGGGAGAACACAUAGAGACUGCAUUCUCUCAAUCUUAACUAAAAUACAUCUAUCUCUCAUAGUUUUCUAAGAUAAAUUGCCUUGCAAGUUUUAGAAUAAUGACGCACCGAUGUAAGGUUUAGUCUCCAAACUUCAGUUUUUGUAAAGCUUUGACCUGUCGAUACAAAUUUUAGAUUUCAAUUCCCUCUAAUAAUUUUAAUUAAGAAACAUGGAAGAUAUGUCUAUACCUAUUGCUGUAAGCUGUCUUUAGAGUUGUACUAAUUUAAAGCAAAGUUAAACUGAUUUGACAUUGGCAUUCAUACGUUUUUUUUUGCAUAUUAUAUUAAUGAUAAUCAGUCUCUUUGUGUAUUUCCUUGAAAAUGGAGACCAUUACCUUAACUCUGUGAUUUUCUAACAUUUUUAACAUUUUUAAAGCCAUCACAAUAUCAUCAUGUCAUCAGCGCAACAUGGUUGCAGUUGCAUAAAUUUUAUGUUCAGUGAUAAAAGCAAAGACUGAAGUCCUGACUUAAAUCACCAGUCGAGGCUGGUCAAACUGGAAAUUGUCAAAUUUCAGUAAUCACCAGCUUCUUAGUGUAUCUAUGAUGAUACCUGUUAAUGAGCAUUUAAUCAGUUGUAAAUACCAAACUGAACUUAGCAGGUGGCCAAGGCUGUCCUGUGUUUUUAAAAAAUAUAUAUUUAAUCUUUGAAGAAAGCAAGUACAUUGAAUCUAUUGAGUCUUUGCAAAUCAGGGAACCCUUGAUUUAUGUGGAAGCGAAUCUAGCAAGAAUCUUUCUUUUUUUUUUUUGGAGGCCAAAAUGGAGUCUUUACUUAUUUAGAAUAAACAUAUUGAAGUCAGACUGAGGCCACAAAAAUAAGGGCAGGGAUAAAAAGACUGUAUGUCUGCUACAGAUGGUGGAAGUACUUGUAAUCUGUACCUAUAAAAAUAGUUGACUUUAGAGCCCAUUUUGUUACCUGGUUAAUUUUUUAAUAAGAAAUACAAGACAAAGAAAAAAGUAACUUUCUAAUAUUAAAAAUUAAAUGCUGUCCACCUCUUUAAAAUGUAGUUUUUUCAAAUUUUACAUUUCCAAAGUGAAAGAGAAAAAAAGCACUUACGAUUGGUGUAUUUACAUAGAUAGAAAAUCUUUUAAUGAGAGAAAAAUUCAAACAACAAAAGUUGGUUGCCACUCAGAUCUUUCCAGAGUAAACGUCCAUUGUUAGUCAAUUUUGUAAAUUUCCUCAGUUGACUCAAUCAGUUUUCAACUUGUGCAUAAAAAAAUCUAUACCUUUUUAUUUUUCUUUUCUUUUAAAUGAUAUGUUAAUUCUGAGGAAAAUGUUAGCUGAACUAUUUAUUCCUAUUGUCCUAAAACUCAAAGUAGCCCCAUACGGCUUUAAAGUCUAGAAAUUUCUGACUACCUUUCCACCCCAUCUUUUGACCUUUGAUUUAGACAUGAAAUGAUAAAAACAAACCCUUUCUUUGUGUGAUUUUUUUUUUCUUUUUCACAUUUGCAGAGAUAUAGUUAUGUCAGUAGGUGUAAAUUCAUAAAGACAUGUAUGCUGUACAUUGGCCUCCUUCUUCUCUCAAAUUCUGCUGCACGUUUUUUAUUUGUCAAUCUGAUCAGAUUUCACAGAGGACGUGUUCUUUGUUUGGCACGUAUUUGAGUCGACAGCGUCAAACCUCUCGUCUCCGUGAAAACAUUUGUGUUGUUUUCUAGCAUCGGCAGGUCAGAUGUGCUACAAGAAAAAAAAUAAAGACCUCCAAUAAUUUUUUGAUGAGAGCUAAAGAAAACAUUAAGCAGACAUUGUCACCAUCACAGUUCAAGCCUUCACGAUGCUCCGUUUAAAUUUUUUAUAUAUCAGUGUGUUCCAGAUAAGCUAGGUCAGCAGGCCUCUUCCAGUCACCAAAUUCACCAAGUGCCAAUAAAAGUUAAAACAUAAAGGAAAGGGUAUUACGACCUUUAAAGAAAUUGCACUACGCUGUACUGCGCAUAGACAUGUUUUUUAUACAUGAACGUUUUGUAUUUACAGAUUUUUAAGUGAAAAGGUCGUUGUUUUUUUCUUUGUUUUUUUCCCCCCGAUGGGUCUGGAGGGAUCCAUUCACAGGCUGACAGUGGGAAAAUAAAGGGGGCCGAGCACCCCUCCCAGGGGGUUUCCCCAUUAAUGGCAAGUGAUCUUGACAGCUACAGUCUUGUGCUUGGUGUCAGAUGUUGUACCUAACACUGUAGUACUGACAGUUGGAGAUGCGUGGUACUGGAAGUACAGUGUGGUACUCGGCGGUCGUCGAUCUCUUUGCCUUUCCUAGGAUGAGCGCCAUGGGCUGAAAGCGGUUCCAGACUUAUUGCAGUGACAGGGAAACACCAGUUUCAGUACAUAGCCACACGUUAUCAUCUCGAUAACAGAAGAUGCUUUAAAGUGUUCAUUGCCUGGAGGGUCUUUUUUCCCCUCGCAUUGUUCACAUGCUUUUUAAACACACUGCUGCAAAUUUGCUCUUCCUUUCAUUAAAAAAAAAAAGCUCCUGCUUCUUAAUGUUUUACUAAGAUAAUGUAUUUCAUGUAUGUACAUACAAUUAUUAGUGCUGGAUACCACUUUUUUUGUUCAGUACAUUUGGUUUGGUUGUCGAUAAGAGUAUGAAAAGCCACCCAUUAGGUCUCUCCAUCCCGUAUGUAAACACCAGCAGGUCCAUGUACCGAGAGCUUCAGUUGGCAGAGAAUGGAACCCAUUUAGAGGAAACAAGGCUUUUCUCCCCACUGUUCCACUUAGUGGAGGUUUUUGUUAUGAGCAAUGUGGCUCACUGCCCAGGGCACCACAGCUUAGGGCCAGCCUGAAGAUUUUAUUUUAAUUUUUUUCAUUUGUGCUCCAAACACGUUUUUAGUUGUGUUCAAAGUUGUAAAUAUGGCUGAACACUGCAGCAGGCUGAAGUUGCUCUUUGAUUUACAACCUCUACUGUGGUGCUGUUGAAAAGGGCUAUUUCACAGGGUUGUUUUUUUUUUUUUUUUUUUAGAAAUUGGGACUACAUUUGAUUAUCACUUGUUUAAUAACUAAGUUUCUUAGACUGGACUGAAUUAUGCUAUACUGCACAGAAAUUCUUAAAAAAUAAAUGUUGAGAUCUUUGAAACCUUUACUCUAUUUGUUAAAACACACAAGAGAACUCUUAUUGCUCUGUUGGCAUUAGGACCACCUAAAGCUAUUGUUGGGUGCCAUUUAAGCAAAAGCUGCCACUGGAUCCCCCGCUGUUGAAAUUGUCCCCAUUAGCUCUGCAUUUAACAAUGGAGCUUGGAACUCUAUUUUCAAUAACUUUUUUAGCCUCAAAGAUCACUCGCUCUUAAACUAGAGAUGCACCAAUCAAAUAGCCAGAGAUAAUAAUGUACCAAUUUUCGCUUAAUUGGCUGUGAUACAUCUAUUUUAUUCCACAUUUUUUAAAUGUUAUAAGAACUCCCAUCAUUUCUUGGCUAUGAAUGAAUAUCAUCUUGUAAUCCACUGAUUUUCUGUUUAAAACUACAACUUCUGUCAAAAAACAUGUACCACAUAUUUUUAUGUGCGGUGAAAAAGCAGUUUUGAUCAAAAUCGUACUCAGCAGGUCUGAUCCUCAAAAAAGAAAAAAAAAAAUCGGACAGGAAAUAACUGAUCGGUGCACCUCUAGUUUAAAUUCCAGUUUACUUUCAACAACGUAUUCUCCCUAGAAACCAGUGGAUGGAGAUUGACACUAUCUGCUGACGGGUGUGCGGGAAUCAGCAAAGUUCACACACAACAUGCGGUAACAUUUGCAGUUUCAGGGCCUUGUUGUACAUAAAGCAAGAUAGAGUUCUGUGAGGCUUUGUCACAUGUUUUGUUGUAUCUUUGUAAUACGAAAAGGAAACUUUCUUCUUUUUUUUUUUUUACAUUACAGUUGCUCAGAAUAUAUGUUUUUUCUUUCACUUUUAAAGGCAAUUGCAAACCUAUAGUGAACUGAUUCAAUGUAUAUUGUAGCUUAGUGGCAAAGGGGAGAAAAAAAGGACAACCUGUUGAAUGUACAACUUAUAGAAAUUCAUUUUGUUGUUUUCGUGUAGUCGCUGGCUAGCUUAGCCAUUUUGAGAAAUUGUUGUGCGUCCUUAUUUUGAUUUGUUAACGCCUAAAAAACAUCUGUCGCCACACUGAUGAAUCAUAUGGAAUAACACAACCAUGCAGUAUUGCUUUACUAUCUUUGUGCAAUGACCAUUUACAGCAGAACAAAAAUUUUCAUGCCUUUUGGUGACAUUUAUGAUCCACUUUUAUCAUUUUGUCCUCUAUAUUCAGCCAGCUGGGUCAUUUCGUGUGAGUUUGUGUACUUUUUGUUGUCAUGAAUGUUGUUUGUGGUUGUGACAUGAAGUUGUCCUCAAGUCAGGAUCUCUUUCAACCUUUUUGGUCACAAUGGAAAUUGUUACCCUUUGGGGCAUCUUUAUCCUGCCCUGCGCAUUCCAACAGACAGCAUGCUGUUAGUGUCUUUCCCCGCUUCUCCUUUCACCGCAGCAAUUCCUUUUUGUGUGCUAUUCAGCUUCACUGUGGUUCCACCCAAGCCUUUAGCCAGUACAUUAAGCUAAACUAAACCCUUGAAAUGUGCAUCAAAAAAAAGCCUUCUUGUUCUCUUACCAAAUAUGUCAAAAUUGAUGUGCUGCUUUCCUGAAUGUCAGUUUUCAUUUUGUUCACUAAAGAGCAGCAGCAAAAAACAAUAUAUAUAUUUGUUCAAAAUCACAUGUAUUUCAUUGCAAUGGCAGCUCCACACCUCCCUCUCCUGUGCUUGUAUUGUCUGUCCAGGCGUUUGUCAAACCCCACCCUCUAAUGACCAUUUUUUUCAGUGCUGUUGUGUUUUUACUGAGCCUUACGCUUUUAUUUUUCUCCCAUCGAUUGUCUGAUUGAGUUUGACGACGUUGUGCAUGUCUAGCAUUGCUCAUUCUUUUGAUAUUCUUUAUUUUUGUGUGUAUGUUAGGAGAUACAACACUGAAGGGUUUUGUGUUACAUUUCCCCUCUCAGUAUCCAGGAGCUCAAGGCUGAUGGUGGAAGCAAACAUACUAGGAGCGCCCUGACUACGCUCAGUGCUGGAAGAGUUUUUGGUGGAAAUGUGACGUCAGCCUUUGGGUCUUCACUGGAGGCCACGAUUUCUCCUGUUUUUUGGGUGGGCUCUGCUUCUGGUUUUCAUCAGCAGGCCCACACACACACACACGGAGAAAGCACUUUCUGAGCAGUGGUGCACUCAAGGAGUACUCGUAUGAAUGUCAAGCCUAGUGCUUGAAAAGAUGGAUGAACAUGCAUGAUGCUUAUAAUGUGAUCUGUGUGAUGUAAUGUGAUGGUAAAGAAAAAUAAACCUGAAUGGAAGAC